AUGGACGAUGAACACUCAUCCCCACCUUCUCACGAGCCUCCUCAACCACCCAUCACCACCACCGUUUCAACAACCACUCCCUGCGAAACAUCUAACAGUGCAAACAGCAGCAGUAGCAGCAGCACCACCACCGCCAACAACGCCAAUAGACGCAAAUGCAAAGGCAAAGGUGGCCCUGACAACAACAAAUUUAGAUACCGCGGUGUGAGACAGCGAAGUUGGGGAAAAUGGGUCGCAGAGAUCAGAGAGCCACGAAAGCGAACCCGCAAGUGGCUUGGCACCUUCUCCACCGCCGAAGACGCCGCCAGAGCAUACGACCGUGCCGCUAUUAUUCUCCACGGCUCUAGGGCUCAGCUUAACCUUCAACCUUCUGGAUCUUCUUCUCAAUCUUCCUCCUCUCGUAGCUCUUCAUCUUCCUCUUCCACUCAAACCCUUCGACCUUUGCUUCCUCGUCCUUCGGGCUUCGGUUUCACCUUCUCUUCCACCGGUUCCCAUCUUCCGAUGGUAUUCAACGCCGCCGCCUCCACAUCCGGGUUCGUGCCUUUUGGGGUUUACCCUUGCGGCGGCGCUAAUAACAAUAACUUCAACCCACAGGUUCUGUGCCCUAUUGAUAAUAAUAAUGAAGUGCAGCUUCAUCAACAUCACUAUCAUCGUCAUCAUCCUCAGGAAGUGGUGCAACUACAACAACAUCAACAACCCGAAUCUGAUGUGAGUGUAGCGGGUGGGGUUUUUGCUAAUACAAGUUCUAUCAGAUCAAUCCCGUACCAAAACAAUAGCCAUCAGGAUCAUCAUGCACAACAUAAUCCUCUGUUGAAUCAACAGCAGGAUCAGAAUUGCAUGGUGGAGGGAAUGAAUUCUUUGGUAGGGUCGGUGGGGUCAAGCUUGUCUUCUCAUCAUCAGAUUAAUAUAGAUGCACCGGUGGAUCCGAAUCCCUCGUUAGGGGUGGUGGGGACAAUGGGUCUUGCAUCUCCGUCUAUGUGGUCAUUGACAAUUGAGGAAGAUUAUCCUGCAGCUAGUCCAUGGGAUUAUAAUGAUCCUUUCUUUUUUGAUUUUUAA